CGAACGUUUUUGGUUUGAUUAGUACAGUACGACCUGCGAGGUUGUACAUUGGGAAUCUGAAGAGCGCGAUAUCCGAUCAUUUCGUACUUCGUCGAACGGCGGAGUCGAAGGAGGUUCCGUUUCUGCGAUACACGUGGAAAGCCACCUUGCUGUACAUCAGGAAACGUGCGGGAACGCCGACUCAGGGCCUCCAGUCGGCUAUAAAAGGAACGACAUUGCUUUGGACCCUGCCCUGGUGUCUUUGCCAGGACACACAUUGCAAGAUCUAGUGACAUUACCCGACUCCUCAUCCCCCGUCGCCCCACCAUCAACCCACAAAAUGAAGCUCUCCAUCACCGCAACACUCGCCUCCCUGCUGGCCCUAGCAUCCCACAGCACCGCCGCGCCGGCUCCGUCCGCAGCCGUCAGCGGCACCUUCUCCCUGCUCACCCUGAACGUUGCCGGUCUGCCCGCAAUAAUCUCGUCCGGUAAUCCGUCGAAAAACACGGCGGCGAUGGGUCAGCGGAUUCGGAACUGGGAUCAUGUUCAUGUGCAAGAAGAUUUCAACUACCAUGCGACGUUGUACGCGAAUGACAACCACCCUUACCGGACCGCAACGAGCGGCGGCGUCCCAUUCGGCUCGGGCCUGAACACCGUCAGCAAGUACAACUGGGAAAAGUUCCAACGCAUCAAAUGGAGCAAAUGCUACAUCAACGAAGCCGAUUGCCUCACUCCCAAAGGAUUCACGUUCAUGCGGCUGAAGCUGACACCCACCGCCGCCAUUGACGUCUACAACCUCCAUAUGGACGCCGGCAGCCAACCGGGCGACAUCACCGCCCGCAACUCCAACUUCGCACAAGUCACGUCCUUCAUCACCGCCAACUCCGCCGGAAACGCCGUCAUCGUCAUGGGCGACACCAACUCCCGUUACACCCGCGCCGGCGAAACCAUCUCCCAAUUCACCAAAUCCAACAACCUCACCGACGCGUGGGUGCAGCAUGCGCGGGGAGGUGUGGCGCCGCCUGUCGGGGACGCGGUCGUGUGCGGGACUGUGCCCGCGGCGGAGUGUGAGGUUGUGGAUAAGAUUCUGUAUCGCAGUGGGGACAAGGUUACGCUGAACGCGCGUUCGUUUGCGUAUCGCUAUAAUGAGUUCUUGGACGCGGAGGGGAAGAUGUUGAGCGAUCAUUUUCCGCUGGAGGCUGUGAUUGAGUACACUGUAGCUGCGUAGAGCGAGGUGGCGCAUCCGACAGACGCAGCGGCGCCGGCAGGGCUGGCGUAGAGAGGGCAGGUAGACAAUAUGUAGUAUAUGUAGAGCUUGAUCUCGUAGGAUACGGCGUCGUCGAAGUGUAGAGAUCAAACCUGCUUCUAGAAAGAAUAUACCUGAUACCUGAUUUCAUUCAAUAUC